AUGCUUGAAGCAAGAUCGGCAUACGGUACGAUCAAACCCAUCCAGACUUAUUUAGUUUACUCUUUUGACUGUGGUCUAGAAGAAGGAAGCUUCUGGUAUUACGCACCGAACAAGGGUGCUCCUAUAGCUUUUGCUAUCUUAUUCGCUGCAUCGGGCCUCAUCCACAUCUACCAGUGCUGCAAAUACAGGUCGUGGAAGGUGACCGGGAUGUUACCCUGGUCAGCUCUACUCUUCACAGCUGGUUUUGUUAUGCGGGCUAUUGGCGCUUGGGGCCAAUGGGACAAUCUCGGUAUAUUCAUUGCCAGUACUGUUUUACUGCUGGCUGGGCCACCUGUCUACGAGGGAGCCAACUUCUUUACUCUGGGCCGUAUUCUCUAUUAUAUCCCCUACCAUUCACCGAUUCAUCCUGGUCGAGUGUUCACCACUUUCGUUGCCAUAAGUGUUGUGAUUGAGGUGAUCACAGCCAAUGGAGCAGCACUGCUGGCUAACACGGACAAUCCUAUCAGCAAGCAAAAUACAGGCAAGGCUCUGCUCAAGGCUGCUCUGAUCCUUCAAAUUGCGUUGAUGGCGGGAUUUGUGGCUCUUGCCAGCAAAUUCCACUACAACUGUCACCGUGGCGGAGUUCUGAACGGCAAGGUCAAACGUGCGUUGUGUGUUCUCUACGGUAGCUGCGCGCUGAUAACUAUUCGAACCAUUUACCGGACCGUGGAGUACUUCACGGCUGCCAGUCUCAAUAUAUCCAACGCUGCUGACAUAAGCCCUGUUUUGAAAGACGAGUGGUUCUUUUGGGUUUUCGAGGCUGCAGUGAUGUUCACGAACACCACGUUGCUCAAUGUCUUUCCUCCUAUGCGAUGGCUGCCUCGCUCCAACAAGGUCUACCUUGCGCAGGAUGGGGUGACCGAAAUCGAAGGUCCUGGCUAUGAUGACUAUCGUCCAUUCUUGCUCACUAUGUUCGAUCCCUUCGAUUUGGUUGGUCUCGUCACUAAGAGAGGGAAGAAGGAGAAGUUUUGGGAUCUACAGAAAGUGGAAUCACAUUCAAGCAUCAAGCAGCCAACCUCUACUACUCAAGUUUGA